AGAACAAGCCCCUUGGAAAUCACUGAAAUCGGGCUUAAAAGUGAAAAGAAACGGUGUCACCUUAUUACUCUGAACUAGAAAAAUGGGCUGUAGUAGAAACUGCGGGCUUAUCACUGGUGCUGUUAUUGGUGCAGUCUUGGCUGUGUUUGGAGGCAUUUUAAUGCCAGUGGGAGAUAUUGUUAUCGAGAGUGCAAUUAAAAAGGAAGUUGUCCUUGAAGAAGGUACAGUUGCUUAUAAAAAUUGGAUUAAAGCUGAUAUACCAGUUUACAGACAGAUUUGGAUUUUUGAUGUGCAAAAUCCAGAAGAAGUGGCAGUUAAUAGCAGCAAUAUAAAGCUUAAGCAAAAAGGUCCUUACACUUACAGAGUUCGUUAUUUAGCCAAGGAGAAUAUAACGCAUGAUCAUGAAAACAACACAGUUUCCUUUAUAGAGCCUAAUGGUGCCAUCUUUGUGCCUUCACUAUCAGCUGGAACGGAGAAUGAUACAGUAACUGUUCUCAAUAUGGCAGUUGUAGCUGCACCUCAACUCUAUCCAAGUGCAUUUGUUCAGUCGGUACUUAAUUCACUUAUCAAAAAGUCAAAAUCUUCUAUGUUCCAAAGGAGAACUGUGAAAGAGCUGUUGUGGGGUUACAAGGAUCCAUUCCUCAGUUUGGUUCCAUAUCCUAUUGAUGCCACAGUUGGUUUGUUUUACCCUUAUAACAAUACAGCAGAUGGAGUUUUUAGAGUCUUCACUGGAAAAGACAAUGUUAGCAAAGUUGGCAUAAUUGACUCAUACAAAGGUCAAAAGAGAAUGUCUGCUUGGGAAAGUUAUUGUGGCAUGAUUAAUGGGACAGAAGGAGCCUCGUUUGCACCUUUUCUAGACAAGAAUCGAGCAUUGCAGAUUUUUGCCCCUGAUAUAUGCAGGUCAAUCACUCUUGUGUUUGGAGGUGAAAUUAAUCUGAAAGGAAUCACUGUGUUCAGAUUUGUUCUUCCUUCCAAGGCCUUUGCAUCUCCAGUUCAAAAUCCAGAUAACACUUGCUUCUGCAUAGAAAAAGUUAUCUCAAAUAAUUGUACAUAUUAUGGUGUUCUAGACGUUAGCAAAUGCAAUGAAGGAAAGCCUGUAUAUGUUUCACUUCCUCAUUUUCUAUAUGCAAGUCCUGAAGUUCAUUCAACUAUUGAAGGCUUACAUCCAAAUCCAGAAGAACAUAGUACAUACUUAGAUGUUGAGCCUAUAACUGGAUUUACUUUACAGUUUGCAAAAAGAUUGCAGGUCAACUUACUGGUCAAACCAGCAAAAAAAAUUGAAGCUCUAAAGAAACUAAAGAAGCUCUACCUUGUGCCUCUUAUUUGGAUUAAUGAGACUGCUUCCAUUGAUGAGAAGAAUGCAGAAAUAUUUAGAAAUAAAGUGACUGCAAACAUAAACCUCCUUGGCCUGGUAGAAAUGGUAUUACUAAUUGUUGGUGGGAUAAUGUUUGUUGUGUUUAUGAUUUCAUACUGUGCGUGCAAAUCAAAGAAAGCAAAAUAAUUUGCAUAGUGAAGGACCUUUAUGGCAAGACAGGACUCCAUGACUAAAAUGCAUAGGGAAUAAUGUGAUGAUAAUCUUUGUAAAGCUCAAUUUCUACGUAUUAAAGAAGAACAUUUUGUUAAUG